AUGAUAAAUAAUCGUGAUGAAUAUAAAAAUCUUGAUGAUACAUUAUCAAAAUCAAACGAAUUAAAUAAUCUUAAUCUAAUGUUUGAUAAUAAUGAUGACGAGAAUAACACAACAAGAUCAUUACUUAAUAAUUCAAAUGAUGAUGAUGAACAAUCACCAUAUGAAGAAGUUGCUGCUAAUAUCUCAAAUAAAGAUGAUCCUACAAUUUUAUGUUUAACAUUUCGUUCAGUAUUUAUUGGUAUUCUAUUAACAUGUAUUAUGUCUAUUGUAUCUCAAUUUUUUAAUUAUCGCACUUCACCAUUAGAUAUUAAUAUUGGUCUUGUUAUACUAUUAAGUUAUAUGAUGGGAGAAUUCAUGUCAAAGAUUUUACCAGAAAAAUUUUUUAAUAUAACAAUAAAUCCAGGAUCAUUUUCUAUGAAAGAACAUGCACUCAUUACAAUAAUGGCAACAACUGGAACAAGUACUGUUGGUCCUAUUGAUAUAAUCACUGUUCAACGUAUUUAUUAUAAUUAUUAUGUUGAUCAUGUCAAUGCAAUGUUAUUUAUAAUAGUGAUGCAUUUACUUGCAUUCUCAAUAGCAGGUAUCCUAAAACGAUAUCUUGUAUGGCCAGCUUCAAUGAUAUGGCCAAAAGCUUUGAUGACUUGCUGUUUAAUACGUACAUUAGAUAUAGAAAGUAAAAUAGAAACAAAUAAAACACGAUGGAAAAUGACACGUUCAAAAUUUUUUUGGUUAAUUGUUUUAUUUCAAUUUAUUUGA